GGUUAAAGGUCAAACAUCUGAGAGCAUAAUUUUGCUGACCCUAUUUUCAUCCUAACCCAAGAAGGUUAAAAUUAAGAAGUUUGGACUGUCUUGAAGACACAGCAACAUCAUGAUCAGAAGCUUGACUAGGUUACCGCGAUGUCUGGUGGUCCUGUCCCCUGUACAGACAUGUAGAGGCUUCCAGACUUCUGCUGACACCUUACGGCCAAUGGUGCCUAUAGUGGUGGAACAAACGGGACGUGGAGAGAGAGCCUAUGACAUCUACUCACGUCUGCUGAAGGAGAGAAUCAUUUGUGUCAUGGGCCCUAUUUCAGAUGAGAUGUCCAGUCUUGUAGUGGCCCAGCUUCUAUUUCUGCAGUCAGAGAGUAACAAGAAACCAGUUCACAUGUACAUCAACAGUCCUGGUGGGUCUGUGACAGCUGGGCUGGGGAUCUAUGACACCAUGCAGUACAUCCUGCCACCUGUCAACACCUGGUGUGUGGGGCAGGCGUGCAGUAUGGCCUCCCUCCUGCUGGCAGCUGGGACACCUGGCUGUCGUCACUCUCUACCCAACUCUCGCAUCAUGAUCCACCAGCCACACGGACAGGCCACGGGCCAGGCAUCAGACAUUCUCAUCCAAGCAGAGGAAAUCAGCAAGUUAAAACAACAGAUCAACAAGUUGUAUGUAAAACACAGUGGACAGGAGCUUUCUGUGAUAGAGCAAUCCAUGGACCGGGACCGCUUCAUGAGCCCCACAGAAGCCGAGGAGUUUGGUCUGAUUGACAAGGUGCUGGAACACCCACCACUGGACAAAGCAGCGGUGUCCUCUUCAUAGUCCAUGAUUGGUGGACACAGAUUCACCCUUUUUCUGUAUUUAUAAGGUGCCUGGUUAGAACUGAAUUUAAGUGUCCAAAUGUUCUACUAAUUAUUUUGAGGAAUCAUUCAUUUACAAUUAAAGUAAGGCAUUAGCAAAUGUGAGAUACCAUAAGACAAAUUGACGUAGUUGUAGUAAUAUAGUGGAAAGUUGUAAUAAAUUAUAAAAUGGU